AUGAGCGGCCCCGGUGUUGGAUUCGAGUACCCCCGCCAGGAGGUUUCCUGGGUGAAGCGCGAUGUGCUCCUCUUCGCCAACACUGAACUACACCCGAACUUCGCCGUCUUUCCUACCUAUCCUAUCAUCCUUCCUUUCAAGACCAACCACCAGGAUGUGAUUGACUUCUAUGCCGCCCAAAAAGCUGUUCAAAUCCCCAACGUUCCUUCGUUUGACCCCCGCCGGGUUGUCGACGGCCAGCGCAAGAUUGUGCUUCACAAGCCCCUCCCCACCAGCUCGGCCGGAAAGAAGUUCGAAGUCCGAACCAAGGUCCUCGGCGUUUACGAUAAGGGACGUCCAGGAUCUGUUGUCGAGACCCAGACUGAUCUCGUCGAGGCCGGCAGUAACGAGAACUAUGCCAGUGUAAUUACUAGCAGCUUUUACGUCGCCCAAGGCAACUGGGGUGGUCCCAAGGGCCCCGCGACCGAGAACUUCCCUCCGCCGAAGGACAAGAAGCCUGAUGCCACUUUUGAGCACCAGACAAACAAGCAGUCGGCGCUGUUGUACCGCCUCAAUGGCGAUUACAACCCGCUGCAUGCAACCCCCGAGCCAGGCAAGAAGAUGGGCUUCCCCGGCGCCAUCAUGCAUGGCCUGUACUCAUGGAACUCAACGGCCCAUGGCCUGCUGCAGGCAUUCGGUGGUAGCGACCCUGCCAACAUCAAGGAGUACCAGGCAAGAUUCGCCAGCCCUGUUAUGCCAGGCGAUAAGCUAGUGACGGAUGCCUGGAGGACUGGUGAGGUCAAGGAUGGCUGGGAAGAGAUCCGCUUCCAGACCAAAGUUGAGGGAGGCAAGGUCGUCCUGAGCAACGGUCGUGCCCUGAUCAAGGUUGUGGGGCCUACCAAGUCGAAGCUGUAA